AUGUCCAGCCAAUUCGAGCUCGCCCAGAACCCCACCGACCCCAUCUCCGCCGUCAAGUUCGCGCCCACGUCGUCAUCGCGCCUCCUCGUCUCGUCGUGGGAUCGCCAUGUCUACCUCUACGACACGCUCGCCGAGCCCGGCGGCAAGCUGCUCGACAAGUUCGAGCAUCGCGCUCCCGUGCUCGACGUAUGCUUCGGCCGCGACGACAACGAAGCCUUCAGCUGCGGCCUGGACUGGGAGGUCCGACGCGUCGAUCUCGCGAGCGGCGCCCAGACGGUGCUGUCCACACACGCCGCCGGCGUGCGCAAUGUCCUCUUUUCCGCCCCCCACAACCUCCUCGUCUCUUCAUCAUGGGACUCCACCCUCCAUCUUCAUGACCUGGCGCACCCCGGCGAGUUCAGCACAAUCUCACUCCCCUCGAAACCAUUCUCGCUCUCCGCAUCGCCCACCAAACUCCUCGUCGCAAUGGCCAGUCGCGCCGUCAACAUUUACGAGCUGGACGCGCUAGCCAAGGCUGCACAGAAGGGCGGACAUGUCAGUGUGGAGCCAUGGCAGCAGAGAGAGAGCAGCAUGAAGUACAUGACACGCGCGGUGGCCUGCAUGCCAAACGACGCAGGUUAUGCAAGUUCUAGCAUUGAAGGAAGAGUCGCCGUGGAGUGGUUCGACCCAAGCGAGGAAUCGCAAGCGCGAAAAUACGCCUUCAAGUGCCACCGACAAAACGUCGAAGGCCAAGAUAUCGUAUAUCCGGUCCAUGCCCUAGCAUUUCACCCUCUUCACGGUACAUUCGCAUCAGGCGGCGGCGAUGGAGUUGUAGCGCUGUGGGACGGAGUGGCAAAGAGGAGGAUUAGGCAGUAUCAGCGCUUCCCAGCAAGCGUACAGACCAUCUCCUUUAGCGCCGACGGGAAGUACGUGGCAGUAGGCGUAAGCCCAGGUUUCGAGGACGGCGUGGACGACGUGCCAGAUGGUGUCAUCAAGGUAUUCAUCCGCGAGCUGAGUGACACCGAGGCACAAGGCAAGAAGAAGUGA